AUGAAUUCAGAUCAUUUCAAACAAGCAAUCCAAGAAUGCUCACUUCUCCAAGCUCAAGGAUUAAUUGAACCAACCUCCUCUCCAUGGGCAUGUGAAGCGUUUUAUGUCAACAAACGUUCAGAACAAGUUCGUGAAAAAUUAAGAUUGAUAAUUAAUUACAAGUCUCUAAACAUUUUCCUUGCAGAUGAUAAGUUUUCUCUUCCAAACAGAAAAACUUUGUUUGCAAAUUUGGCAAAUGCGAAAUGGACAGUAAUACCUUUUGGAUUAAAAGUUGCUCAUUCACUGUUUCAGAAAGCAAUGACAAAGAUAUUUACUCCAAUUCUUGAUAAUGCCUUGAUUUACAUUGAAAUCUUACUGUUCUCUCCAUAUGUCACAUCUCAUACACAGUUAUUGGAUAAGUUUCAGUAA